UAGUAGAAAAUAGAAAGAAAAUAUGAUGAUAUUAAGGACCAAGAUAGACAUUAUGAAUGAAAUGUAGGUGCGGAGUCGGUGUCCUUGUCAGGUGUCCGCGUCCCCUUAAGAAUCGACGCGACAGCAUGGGUAUUUGAUCAGAAGCGUCGCCCUUUUCCCUUAUUGAAGCCUCUGAAGCGGUUGGCCUUCAGCCUUUGGAAUUGGUAGCGCCUGAGCUUCUUACUCGGUGGCCAAAGGGCAUGGGCUCGCCAGGGGCAGCCGGUGGGCCUCUUACUGCGCGACGCUCCCUAUCACCUCGAGGCCGUUCGUCUUGUUUUAGAAUUGCCAAGAACUUUCGAAGCCGGCCCACGUUUUUCCUUGUCUUGAUGAUUCCCAAGGCACUCAGUCACUCGGACUCAGCCAGCCCCCGCGCGAGCUCACCCACCCACCAGCCAGCGCCCACGCUUCCCAAUUAAGCGCCAGGCUCACUCGGUGAGGGGCUUCAUCAUUAGGCAAAGCAAGGGGGGCCCCGGGUGAGUUUUCGAGAAGCGUCGGGCCAGUAACUAUUGGGACAAGGGUAAAGGCAAAGGGGGGCUUGGUGCGUGAAAUCCGUGCUGUCCAAAAUUGGACAGGCUGAGCACCUCCAUGCCUCUCAGCCCAUAGCUUUUUUCUGAAGAGACGGGCGGCGCUCGUUCUGUUGCUGUCGUGAUCUAGAAGGCAUGGGCGUGCACCAUCGCCAGGGGCUGGCGCUUCACUCAGUCGCAUGCAUUUGCUGCCUCGUCUUUGUUUCAGUCAUGGCGCGUGCUUGAAUUGUGUAACCCAGUCAGUUUGCAAGUAAGUGGGCUCGCUUCUGCCGCUGCUGAGAUCCGAGCGCCAUCCAUCGGCUUCGGCUUCAGUGGCGGCAUUGGGCAAAGGUAUGGCGGGUGCACUUGUGCUCGUGGCUCUCUUGAGUAGUGAACGAAGACAAGAGGGCUAGCACAUAGCUAAGGGGCUCUGCGAGUGGGUUUGCCCUUGUGUAUCCUCCCGCCCCCUGCAAGAAGGUGCGUGGAGGGAAUUUAGGCUAGCACUCUAAUGGCCCGCCGGCUUUUCGUUUUUGUGGUCAAAGUCGUCUUCGUUCUGGGACAGAGAGUGAGCCCCAAGGGAAGUCCAUCGCAUUCAUUAGACAAAAGCGCAAAACCGGCCCGCGGGGGCUGGGCAUAAGUGUGCCCCAACCCAAGACGAAAACCAACCAAAGAGAGAAACACACACACAGCGCCAGGCCAGCAGCUUCGCGGCUGUCUUCGCCUCUGCUUGCGUUUGGUGUCGUGUUCUUUCUCGGUGGUGGGCGUGUCGCUCCGCGUGUGAAGUCAACCAUGGCCAAGCAGCUGGCGAGCCAGCUCGCUGGGUGUUGCUCGGCGGGCGGGGUGUUUCCCACAUUCGUAGCGCAUGCCGUCGGGUGUGAGUGGUGUGCGUCGUGUUGUGAUGUGUUCGCUGCCUGAUGGUUUGGGUAGUCCUUGCGUUGCGAGUGGGUGCGUUAAAGUAUGCAAGGGGUGGCGCACUUGGAUUCGCGGCUUGGGUGUGUUCUUUUCGGUAUUAAUUCACUGGGUGGGGCGCGAGCUGUGCUCUUUUUGUGUGGUAGGUCAGUCAUCUGCUAGCAUUCUUGAAGCGGUGACGCCUGCCACGGUUGGAAGCAGCGGCAAAGCGGUACAAGAGGAGGGCCGCCUGUGCGCGGUGCAAGCACUUUGGGGGGAGAACAGACAAAAAGCCGCCGGGUUUGGGGACGUCAGUACAGAUUCGGGGCCGCUCCAGCUCGUGUGUGUCGUUUGGCCGCAGAAUGGGGAUGGCGGUGGAGGUGGGUGGCCUGGCUGGGGGGCUGCUGCUGGCUGCUGAGCUUCGGCGGUUUGAUUGUUGUGUUGCGUCUGCUCCUCUUCUCUGUUGUUGGGAGACCACCUUUCUGGCAAGUGUGGGGCUUGGUGUGUGUUGAGUGUGUUUGCUUGCGGUGUCUGAUGUGUGUGAAGUCGUGCAACUUGAGAAGCCUCCCACCUCGGGAAGGCUCGAGACAAUGGGGAACAAGAUGGAGCUUGAGACAGGGACACCCCGAAAGGACACCGACCGCAGGCCGGAGCUGCAUAGUUCGAGCGGCCGUCUGGAACGUGAUAUGGUCCACGGCAAAAGGCGUCGCGAAUGGGUUCGGCUGGCUGCUCGUUUCUUCUGUUCUUGUUCUUCUCGUCUGGAGUGUUCCAGGAGGGUGCCGCCUGCUUGUGGGAUUUUGCUGGGGUAACAAGCUCGCCUCGGCGUCAGUGAGUCAGGAGGUGGCUGGACUCACUCCUUCCAGCAAGAUUUCGCGUGAUGGUUUUGCCGCUGUCUGUGGUUCGUCUUUCAGACCUGGGGGGGCCUGGAGCAGGGGGAGCAAGAAGACCACAGCCCAGCGCCGCCGCCAGCGUGUGCCCCCUUUGUGUUUCGCAUUCGCUUGGCUGGUCGUUGGUCAGCUUGGGGGGGGCUGGCGCUGUUGGGCUGGAGUUCGCGGAGGGUUUCGCUGCUUGGUGUGGUUUUCUGUCAGCGGGGUGUGGGUUGUGCUUGUGGUUUCAGCUUGAUGCCCUGGCCCCUGCGCGCUGGUGACUGCGUGGCACUCACUUUCCCUCACCCGCGCCCACACGAAGGGCGCUGGCGGGCUUUGGUCCUUGUUUCUGCGCGUGUCUUCGUGUUGGGGCCGGGCUCGUAGAAAAAAUUAACCAGGCUGACGCGCUGGAGGCAGAGGGAGAGAGGGGGCAGAGGCUCGCGGCCUCGGUUCUGUGUUUGGUUCUGUCUAGUAGUCGCUUCACCUUGGCUGCGAUCUGGCCAAGCUGACUGACUAUGAGGCGCAGCGCCUGCUCCGCCUCGCCCUCGAGGCUGUGCUCGCUGUCGCGCCGCUUUUUUUGUCGUUUGUCUUGCUUUGUCUGAAGGGCUUGCUUUGCUUAAUUUGCUUCGCCCAACUUGCUUCGCCUAGCUUUUUUUACUUAGCUAAUUGGCUCUUUCGCUUUGUCUUGGUGUGGGUUGCUUCUAGCGUUGUCCAAAAUUGGACAGCUUAGCGCGGCUUGCUGGUCUUGGUGUUGGUUGUAGGGAAGGCUGGCUUUGCCCCGCUUGCUGUUGCUUUAUUCUUGUCCCGCUUGCUCUGUCCCGCCCCUUUCGUCUGUGCGCCAAACUUGCCCCCUUGUGGUCUGACUUGCUUUGUCCCACUUGCUUUGUCUUUCCGUCUCCAGCGCCCAUGCUUUGUCUGGCUUGCUUUGUGUUGUCCAGCUUCCUUGCUUCGCCUGGCUAGUUUUGUCCAACUUGUUUUGUCCAACUUGCUCUGCCUGAAUCUGACUAGCUAGAGCUACUUCGCCCAACGAACCAGCUUCGUGCCACUGAGUUGCUUCGCCCAACUCGCUUCGUUCACCUUGCCGUGUCCAACUUGCUCGGUCCAACUUUCUUUGUCUGCGCCCGACUUGCUCUAUCCGCGUCCAACUUGCUUCGCCUUUGUCCAAGUUGCUUUGUGCGCGUCCAACUUGCUUUGUCCAACUUGCAUUGCUUCGGCCUUUGGUAGUCUCAUUUCCUUCGCCCCACAGCUUUGUCUUGCUUGCUUUGAUCAGCUUGCUUGGUCCAACUUGCUUCGUCCAGCUUGCUGCGCUCGCUUGCUCUGUCAGUCCCACUCGUUUCGUCCAACUUGCUUCGUCGCUUUGUCCAGCUUGCUUUGUCCAACUUGCUUUGUCCAACUUGCUUUGUCCAACUUGCUUUGUCCAACUUGCUUUGGCCAACUUGCUUUGUCCACCUUGCUUUGUCCAACUUGCUUUGUCCGUCCAGCUUGCUUUGGUCCGUGUGGGUUGUUUCUAGUCCUGUCCAAAAUUGGACAGCCCGGCACGGCUUGGCGACCUUGUAAGGGAAUCCUCCGGGUUUCUUGCUCGUGGCUCUUGGGAGGUUCUGGGAGUCUGAAAGAGGUGCCGGCUGCUCUAGAACCGUGCGGAUCUGUGUGCUCGGAAGCCUUUCCAAAGACCUGGACGCCAGUCGGUUUCUAGUCGGUUUUUGGGAGCGAUUUGCCUUCUAUCAUUAUUAAUUUCUUGUUGAAUCGCCAUGCUAUGACGUUGAUUCUGAAGGGGACGCGGACAGUGAACACGGACACCGACUAGCCACCUACAUGAAAUGAAAAGUCAUUGUAAAUGCCGCAGGUCCACAGAGGCCUGUAUCUUCCCCGUCCUCCCCGUCAAAGCAAAAUAGUGAACUACCUCGACGUCGUUUCCUAUUUGAAAACAGUUUACGCAUUAGAAAAAUGUUAAUGGUGAAUAGAGCACAGUCAACAACAACUCUAUCGGACUUUCCAUUCGCCAGCGCAGAGUAGC